UUCGACAUGGUGUCCGGGGCCGCCGCGCCCGCCCCGGCCGCCGCGCCGCCCGGCACGUCCUGCAAGCCGCCGCUGCCGCCGCACUACACGUCCACGGCACAGAUCACCGUGCGGCCCCUGGGCGCCGACAGGCUCCUGCUGCACGGGCCAGAGCAGGGUCCCGCCGCCGCGCCGCCCAGCGCCGCCUCGCGCGGCCGCUGCCUGCUCCUGGCUCCGGCGCCCGCAGCCCCGGUGCCGCCGCGGCGGGGCUCCUCCGCCUGGCUCCUGGAAGAGCUGCUGCGGCCCGACUGCCCCGAGCCCGCGGGCCUGGACACGGCCCGGGAGGGGCCCGACAGAAACUUCCGACUGAGCGAGCACCGCCAGGCGCUGGCCGCCGCUGCCAAGCACCGGGGUCCCGCGCCCUCCCCAGGGAGCCCGGAGCCCGGCCCCGGUCUGUGGGGCGAGGAGCAAUUGCCGGAGAGGAGCCCUCGGAGCUGGGAGAGGGGCGGCGACCACAGCGAUUCUCCGGGUGGGGACCCGGCGUGGCGACCCGACCCGGAGGUGGAGGCACACCCCACGCGGAGCGGCGAGGCCGCCCAGAGCGGCGCGGCCGAGACGGUGGUAGUCUCCAGAUCGGAUUCCAGGGAUGAAAAGCUGGCCUUGUACCUGGCCGAGGUGGAGAGGCAGGACAAGUACCUGCGACAGAGGAAUAAGUACCGGUUCCACAUCAUUCCUGAUGGCAACUGCCUCUACCGAGCUGUCAGCAAGACCGUGUACGGGGACCAGAGCCUGCACCGGGAGCUGCGGGAGCAGACGGUGCACUACAUCGCGGAUCAUCUCGACCACUUUAGCCCCCUGAUUGAGGGCGACGUGGGAGAGUUUAUCAUCGCUGCUGCCCAAGAUGGGGCGUGGGCCGGGUACCCCGAAUUGCUGGCCAUGGGGCAGAUGCUGAAUGUGAAUAUCCACUUAACUACUGGAGGGAGGUUGGAGAGCCCCACAGUGUCUACUAUGAUUCACUAUUUGGGCCCUGAGGAUUCUCUAAGGCCCAGUAUUUGGCUUAGUUGGCUUAGUAAUGGACACUAUGAUGCGGUGUUUGAUCACUGCUAUCCUAACCCGGAGUAUGACAACUGGUGCAAACAAACUCAAGUGCAAAGAAAACGUGAUGAAGAACUUGCUAAAUCCAUGGCCAUAUCCCUUUCCAAAAUGUAUAUUGAACAAAAUGCAUGCUCUUGAAAUGUCCAAAAACCUUAUACACCCUGGGAAAAUUGGCAUACGUAACUUGUGUUUGGAGAAUCACAUGAACUCUAAUCAGGGUAAUAGCACUUUUAAAUUUCCUGGUAGAUUUACUGUAGGUGUAAUGCCUUAAUCAUUUUUUUUUAAUGUUUUCUCAGAGCUGAAGGUUGCUGGGCACCUAAAUGUUUCUUGAUAGUUUUGGGUGAUCCUACUGCUAUUUAUAAUUUGCUGUAUAAAGUGAGCACUAAAUUUGCAAGCUGUUUUCUCACGGUGUAAAUUUGUUCAUUCCUGGUAGUCUAUUUUCUAUAAAAAUGUAUUUUUGCACAUUUUUAAAAAUUGGUGUACCUUCAUCUAUGGUGUGUUCCAUUUUGACAGCUAUUUUGACAGCUUACAAGGCGUAAACCAGAGAAGUGCUUUAUAUGAAGUUUAUUAUUUUGAACAGAGUUUGUGAUUUAGUAGUUACUUUAUGUUGAAAUUUUAAUUUGAUGAUUCUUAGAUAAUUAUUUCAAAUGGAUUUUGAUGCAUUCUUGUUACCAGAUUGGCCCAUUCCAUUUUGAUGAAACAGUUGUUUUGGAAAUCAUUAUUUUUCUAAAAAUUGUCAGCCUUUUAAAGAGGAAAAACUUAGGGAAGGUUGGGACGGUUUUUCUUUUUCCUUUAAGGGGCAGUACCAGGUCAUGAGUGUGAGUCUAUUUGUUGAUGGCAGAGUGAUUAUUCUGUACUCUGGUUGAUGUUUAGAGUAGAUUGUCUGGUGCUCUUAAUUGUUUUUAUUUACAUUUAUCAUUUUGUUAUAAAAGAACCUUAAUAUGGUAUAAGACUUUGAGACAAGAUAAGUCUCCUGCUUUAUAUAGCUUCUUGGAUUCAACUAAGAGAUUUAAAUGCCUAGAAUCGACUUUGGCAGUUAUUUUAUAGCAGGAUAUUACUGUCUGAAUAAUCUUUUAAAAUUCUUUAAAAAGGCAAAAUAAGAUUGCCCUGUAUUAAUGUAAAAAUGUCUGUAAACAGAGCUUGUAUGGUUUGCUGGGUCAAACAGUGUUUCCAACCUAAAAUCUAUCUCAUUGCCACUUGAACUUUUAGUCAUAUUUAUUAAGUAAUGCAGUUUGUACUUUUUUAUUUUGUAACAUUUUGUGAUUUUUUGUACAAAACUGUAUUUGUAUAAUAGAGCAAUUCCCAGCUGAUGGAGUGAAUGAAUAAAAUGCAAAAUUUUACUUUUACAA